CUCUCUCCAUCAGCAGCGGGCUGGAUGCUUGCAGGGACAGAAACAUGGCUGUGAAUCUCGGAAAGAACAGACUGACCCUGCUGACUGCGUACCAGGACGUCAUUGAUGAGACCUCAGACACAGACUGGGCCUUGUACACAUAUGAGGACGAGACUAAUGACUUGACACUGGCAGGAUCAGGAGGAGGCGGUCUGCCAGAGAUCAUGCUGACCUUUGACAACGGCCGGGUGAUGUACGGCUUCUGCAGCCUGAAGGAUCCCACUGCCGCUCUGCCACGAUACAUCCUCAUCAACUGGGUCGGGGAAGACGUGCCUGAUGCCAGGAAGUGUGCCUGUGCCAGCCACGUUGCCACCAUCGCAGACUUCUUCCAGGCGGCAGAGAUGAGCAUUGAGGAUCUCAACCUGGACAAGAAGGAGACCGAAGUAGAGGAGGCGAAGGCCAUCAUCGCUCAGCGGUCAGGAAACCCUCGAGAGUUCUUCAAGCAGAAGGAGAGAGCUCUGACCAUCAGCGUCGACACCUCGCCCGUCUCCGUCCACAGGAGCGGGGACGAUGAUGACGACGUUGAUGGCGAUGAAGCGAGCACAGAGCGCAACUUGGCGGCAGUGUCACCCAUUCCUAAAAUAGUCACCACACCCAUCAAAGAAGACUUUAACAGGGAGGAGGACGACAGCAGAGACGAGUGGGAUUCGGUGCCAAAGCAGGAUCAGAACCAGCCGGCUCAGGAGUCGACUCCCCCCAAGCCCGUUCAGAGCGUCGCCCCGCAGGCCAGAGACGCCGCCGGUUUCUCUGUGUGGGAGUCCGGGACAGACAGCCUGGUCAACCUGUGGGACACCAGCUCCGGUGCUCCCGCCGACCCCUCCCAGACCCCCCAGACCACCCAGUCCUCCGAUCUGGUGGACCUGAUGGGUGACAGCGCCCCGCCCAGCUCGGCCGCCGCCGUCAGCCGGCCUCAGCCCCUCCUCAGCUUCGAUGAGAUGAUGGACGGCACGAUGUGCUCAGUCGCCGCCACCGAGGACGACCCGUCCAGUCUGGUGGACGUGACGGGGCCCGACCAGAUGACCCUCAGCUACCAGCAUGCACUGCAGCAUGCGGCCGGCGAUGGGAAGGAGAUAGAGGACGGACAGCUGCUGAUGACUAACGGGGAGACGCUGCUGAAAGAGGGAACGCAGGCGAGUGAGGGCUACUUCAGCCAAUCACAGGAGGAGGAAUUUGGCCAAUCAGAGUGCUCAGCUAAACCUGCACCAGUCUUUUAUAACAAGCCACCAGAGAUUGACAUAACGUGCUGGGACACGGACCCAGUAGUCGAAGACGACGACGACUAAACCGGCCAAUCCGAUCGGACCGCCACCCCCCGGACCAAGAGGAAGUAGGAAGUGCGCUUCAUGAAGAAAACAGAAUCUUUUUUCUAAAAAACAAAAACACAAAACAAACAAACAAAACAAAACAAAAAAAAAAGUAAUAAUAAUAACAAUAACAAGUCUUGCAUCAAAACUACUUCUGUAUUAUCUUUUAGAGGAAAACAAAACAGUAGCCAACGAAAAAAAUAAAAAAAGACGGUUUGAGUUGUCAUUAAAGAACGUUUGGAAGGCUCAGUUCAGAUUUUUUUCUGUGUUUAUUAUUUUAUUUAUUUGUUUUACUCUCUCUCUUUCUCUUUUUUUUGUUUUUUUUUUGCUAUGCAGAUGUACUAGCUGGGAGCGGGGUACUUUUUUUUUUGUUUGUGGAUAUGAUUUAUUACACGUUAACGUAGCGCACUGCUGCUUAUUAGAGACAAUGAAGCCCGACACACAUAGUCUGUAGUGCUUUAAUAACAUAACACCCUAUAAAACUAAUACAGCCGCCAUGUAUAUCUUCACUCUCUUCUUUCUUUUUCUUACCUCUUUUUUUCACCUCCUUCUCUUCUUGCCUUCUUCCUAAAAAACAUACACACACACACACACACACACACACAAACAAAAACAUAUUCACCUAUUGCAAAUCUUGUAUUUUUUAGUCCUCACUUUUAAAAAAAAGGGAAGAAAAAAAAGGUGAAAUAUUGUAUUUAUUCUGGUGUAUCUGAACUUCUUUGAUGCGAUCCUGAGGAAGAAGAAGAAGUAGAAGAAGAAGAAGAAGUUGAAAGUCAAACUUGUUGCCUCCUUUUCAACCCUUUUCACUCCUUUUGUAUGAUUUUCACACUUGAGUUCAAGAUUAAAUGGCUUGUAAAUCUGCUCUUUUUUUCUCUCCAGUGCACUUUGUUGUUCAUUUUUUCAUUGUUUUUCUUCUUGUGAAUG